GUUCCUCCGUUCCUUCCUUUCGCUUUACGUUCAAUAUUUUUGCACAAUUUUGUACUUGAAAAAAAAAAAAAAGUACACAAUACUUCUUAGCUGAAGCUACAUAUCAGCGCGAUAAUCGAAAUAUCAAUUUUUGGAAAAAUAAAAAAAUUCCCCAUUCGUUUUUCAUGCGUUAAAUUCCAACUAGAGGGAAAAAGGAACAGAGGGCAGAAAAUUUCUGCGCGCAUUUUCUGCAUAGCCGAAUAGCACAAUGGCAGACAAGUUAACGGAGGAGCAAAUUUCCGAAUUCAAGGAGGCCUUCAGCUUGUUUGACAAGGAUGGCGAUGGAACCAUAACAACCAAAGAAUUGGGGACAGUCAUGAGAUCACUGGGGCAAAACCCAACCGAAGCGGAAUUGCAAGAUAUGAUAAACGAAAUAGACACAGACGGGAAUGGGACCAUCGAUUUCCCCGAGUUCUUAACCCUGAUGGCGAGAAAAAUGAAAGAUACGGACACGGAAGAGGAGCUAAUUGAGGCCUUCAGAGUUUUCGACAGAGACGGGGACGGGUACAUAAGUGCAGAUGAGCUAAGGCACGUGAUGACCAACUUGGGGGAAAAGCUCACCAACGAGGAAGUGGACGAAAUGAUACGGGAGGCGGACAUUGACGGGGAUGGCCAGAUCAAUUACGAGGAGUUCGUCAAAAUGAUGAUAGCCAAGUAGUGGUUAUCCCUGUGUGUGUGAAAGCGUGUGUAUUCGCGUGUGUAUAUUCGCGCAUGUAUAUUUGCGCGUGUGUCUGUUUUUUCAUAUCUUCAUUCGCAUGCUCAUGCGGACGUGUUCAUGUUGUUGCACACGGGCGGCAAAUCUGAGUGCCUGACUGUGUGUGUGUAUGUAUGCCCGUCUGCGUGUAUGCGUGUAUGCGUAUGUAUGUAUGCCUGCCUACCUUCCUGCGUGUGUGUACUUACGUAUGUGUGUGCGUGUCUGCGCAUCCGCACCCCCCCUUUUCAUUCAUCAGAAGUUUUUCAUCCAUUUUAACGCAAGCCAACUUUUAUUUUGUUUUACCUGAAGUAAUUCUAAAUCUUCG